AUGGGCGUCAUCAAUCGUGGAGAGGGUACCUCAGACCCCGUCGUCACUCGUCUUGCGGAAGAGGAUAGGAUACCAUGGUACAAGAAGCCAAAUUUGAGGUACAUGUACAUUUGGCUGUUCCUAUGCUGUAUGGGCGUAGAAAUGACCUCAGGGUUUGAUUCUCAGCUCAUCAACACCCUCCAGUUCUCGCAGCCAUUCAACAAAUACUUCGGCGCUGGGCUGAAGACCGAGGGAAAGUGGGCCAUCAAUAACUCCCUCCUCGGCUUCAUCUCGUCGAGCUAUCAACUCGGCUCCAUCAUCGCGGUGCCGGUGGCGCCGUGGUUCAACCAGAAGUAUGGUCGACGAAUGUCGGUCUUCGCUGGCUCGGUUAUCAUGGUCAUUGGUGCCAUCAUCCAGGGAUUCUCACAGCAUGUGGCGAUGUAUAUUGUUGCCCGCAUCAUUCUUGGCUUCGGGAUUCUCUUCGCUAUCAUUGCUGGUAGUUCUUUGAUUGGAGAGCUGGCCCAUCCCAAGGAACGUGCGAUUUUGACGUCGAUGUUCAACGCCAGCUACUAUAUCGGCUCAAUUGUAGCCGCCGCCAUCGCUAUUGGCUCUGUCAAGAUCGCUGGCAACUGGUCGUGGCGAGUCCCGUCCUUACUGCAGCUCGUGCCUUCAUUGCUGCAGAUCGCAACUGUCUUCUUACUUCCGGAAUCUCCUCGUUGGCUAGUCUCGCAGGAUAGGCACCAAGAAGCGUUCGCCAUCCUCUCGAAGUACCAUGCGGAGGGCGAUUCGAGUUCGAUUUUGGUACAAGGAGAGAUGGCGCAAAUCCAGUCGACGAUCAAGCUGGAAAUGGAGGCCAACAAGCAAAGCUGGUUAGAUCUGUUACGGACAAGCGGAAUGCGACGAAGAGUCUUCAUCGCAGCCUUCCUCGGCCUCUUCACGCAGAUGUCUGGCAACACUCUACUAUCGUACUACACCAACAUCCUGUUCCAGAUGAUGGGCUUCACUUCGGCCUACGCCAAGACCAGGAUAAACAUCGCCAACCAAUGCUGGUCCUUCAUCACCGCGGUCCUGAUCGCUUUGUUCAUCACUAGGUUCAAGCGAAGGCUGGCCUUCAUGACAUCCUCGAGUUCAAUGCUGCUCAUCUUCAUUGGCAUGACUGUGUCCUUCGAACGUCUGAGUGUCGCCAAAGCGAACGGCACGAAGAACCAGGCUGCCAGUAUUGCAGCAUUGUUCUUCUACUUCGCUUACGCUCCCGCGUACAGCAUUGGCAACAAUGCUUUAACGUACACCUACCUGAUCGAACUCUUCCCAUACGCCGUGCGAUCCAGAGGUAUCGGUGUCGAACAAAUUUUCGGCAAGGCUGGAGGCUUCUUCUCAAACUUCGUCAACCCCAUUGCUCUUGGAGCGAUUGGCUGGAAAUUCUUCGCUGCUUACUGCGGCUGGAUCUUCUUCGAGUUCUUGUUCCAAUUGACCUUCUACCCUGAGACAUCCGGAAGGACUCUAGAAGAGCUCUCGUUCUUGUUCGAGGACAAGGCUCUGGCUGAUCAAGCUGUGCAUGCCGUUGAGAAGCAGCUUGACGAGAAAGCUCAUGGUGCCGAGACUAUCGAAGAGGUCAGAUCUAACAGUAGAUAG